GUCCAGUUGGCAUGGAGGUGGUUCAUUGCCCAGAGACUUUCUCCAGGAGUGUAAAGAAAAAAAACCUACUUCCUCUAAGCCAACUGCUGGAGGACACUAAAAAGAGCGGAAAUGUCCCUCAUCACCUUCUGGAAACUAGGGUGUUUGCCAAACUGAAGAGUAACAGUAUAGUUCAAGCUGAACCAUCAGAGCUGCACUUCAGUGGCUUUGAAGUAGGAAAGGAUUAUAGGAAAAUCCUGAAACUUGUCAAUGUCUCCUCUGAGGUGCUCAGUGUCCACAUUUUACCUCCUCAGACAAGGCAUUUCCAAAUUAAGUACACCAAAAAGUGCCGACUGGUUCCGGGUCUGGCUUACACUGUUACAGUGCUCUUCCGACCGGACGAGUGGCGUUACUUUUCUGAUAACAUCAGGAUUCAUGGCAUGGGAGAGGAGAACUUACUGGUUCCUGUUCAUGCAUAUCCUGUUAUCAAUGAUCUUCACAUCCCAUCUCAUAUUAGUCUUCCGCCAGUGCCACUCGGCCAGAGUGCCAGUCAUGUGAUUCCACUAAGCUGCAGUUGUCCGAUAGACUUUGAGUUCGAAGUGCACUGCCUUCAGCCCCAUAAGGCCUUUACUGUAAGACCGCUGUCAGGGAUCAUUCCAGCAAAUGGAAAGACCACGUUAAAAGUGACAUUUACUCCUGUACGGUACGGUAUAGCUGACAUCACACUACAGCUGGUGAUCUCUCAGUUCAAUUCCAAACCUGUCAUCUGGACAGUGACGGGUUCCUCAUCUCCAUAUCUGCUGCUCAGUAAACCUGAAGGAAAUGGUGAUGAUGAUCAUUUUGUUGAAGAGCGGAAGACUGCUAAUGGAAAAUCUUUGGCUCUUACAUCCCAUCAUAAGCUAAAAACAUCACCCUCCUUGGAGAAGGGAAGUAAGAAAAAGACCAAACCUGAUCCACAACUGCAGGUUUCCACCACAGAUGUCACCACUCAUGCAGGACUGGUUAAAAUGCUUCUCCAGCCACAAGACAAAAUAAGAUAUAAGGACCUCCGGGAGGCCAUGUCUUAUACCAAGGUUGCAGACCAGACAAGAGAGAUGAAGGAAGCUGUGUUUUUAAAGAAGGUCCAACAAAAGGAGGAGAAAGCCAAACAUAUCCGCUGGCAAGUUGAUCUGGGUGACGACCCAUGUUCAACAGAACAGAAACUUAAAAUUUUGAAGGAGCAAGAUGAAGCAGUUGCUGCAUACAAACUAAAAUACAGUGGUGAGUCAGUAGCCUUUUCAAGAUCUUCAACUAAGCUUUUCUCACGACGAAUUUUACGAGAUGUUGGACAGUUCCCAGAAUGCACUGCUGAUUUCAUCCGCUAUGGCUCUGGCCAGCUGGAGGUCAGACAUAGAGCGCUCAGACUCUUCCAGCAGGCUGCUCGUAAGGUUGUUCUUCAAUGUCGUAUGAACAAGAGGCUUGUGUCAUUAAGAGAACUUGUUCGCAAAACCAGGAGUCUGCAGGGAGACAAAGAAUCAGAUGGGGAUGAGAAGCCACACUUUUUUAAGCUGACACCAGAAAAACUUCUGCCCACUACCUUCAAUACAUUUAUACCUGAAGACCAACCUGACGAACUUGCUGUGAAUGCAUUGGGCUGUGUUCCUGUAAGAAUGCCUGAAGCAGAUAUGAAACUCAGGACUCCAUUAUUCAACCUAAAGGUUCCCCAGCGUUACAGACUGUUGGGUUAUCAACCAUUAUCUGUCUAUGAUGCAGCAGCAACAUUCGUUCCUCCUGACCUUUGUAGGACAUUACGCACCGGAGCACAGGAUGAGCUGUUGCCUGUGAUGAGAUGUCCAUCUGUAGAGCUCAGUGAGGAUGAUGAAGAUAAGAAACCAGAGGAAGAUGAUGAAUCACAUCAGGAUUUAGGUCCCACACUUAGUUUCAGUGCACCUGAAGCUCUUCUCAGACCGCCCAACGCCCACCCUCUCCGGAUUUUUAAUCCUGUGCCGCACGUUUAUGCCUUCAAACCAGCUCCGCUUUACCUGGAGUGUGACCUGGACUUUCAUUUGUGUCCAUUGCCACGAUACACUGUCCCUAAGGACAAUGUCGUGGGCGUGCAUGCCCCUCAAGCACAGAAGAAAUUUCUAGAUAGAAAGGAUAUAAUCAAAGGCAUUAUGUCGUGGAAGAAGUUUCCCUCUAUGGCCUUGAGCACUUUAUCCAAUAUUUCGACUCUAAGAAGCGACUGCGCCCCAUGCAUGUCUGACCCCUUCAGUACUGUCCUUCUGCCUGUGGAGGCCCCUCCAGCUCUUCAGGGUCUGCCUGACAGCAUCAGAGACGAGAUUCAAGCUGGAGUGUCUGAGAGCUCAGAGCUCUGUCUCACUCCUGAGAUGAUUGAAGCAGAGUUUGGUGUGUCUGAGAGAUCUUCAGCUACAUCUGUUAAAGGGGAUCAAGAUGAAGGCAAUGGUUCCAGAACUCCAGUAGCACCAGUCGCCUCUGCAGGAUCAACCACAAGGGACACACGUGAGCAGCCGCUGGAGUCAACACAGAACAACAGACUGGGACCAAAAGUGCUGGGUAGAUUAAAAAAAUUGAAAUCUACAGGCAGAGUCAGCUGUGCCUCAUCAUGUGACAAUAAAUAGCACUUUUAUCUUCAGAAGAGGUAGAAAAUGGUAGGUUUCUUUAUGCUUUAGUAAUUGUUUCAUAUUCUGUUAAUAAGCACAACUAGAACAAUGAAACGCAGUGCCAGCUCAGGUAUACGUGCAGACUUUAACAAAAUACAGUGACAAGCCACCAGAUGGCAUUAAAUGCCUGACACAUGAAAUUCAACAACUGUACCUUCAUAAAAAGAUGUUAUGGUCAAUGUUUGAAUGGGAUCUUCUUUAUUCAUGAGUUCAAUUAAAGAUUUUUUUUUUCUAAA